CGUCGUGACACGACGGGGGGCGGGCCGCGGCCGGGGACGUCCCCUCUGCCCUCCCGGAACCAGUCUCCACUGCUGCCGCCCGAACCGGGGCGGCGAAGGCGGGUCCUCCAGAGCCUUCGAGUCGGGGCCUAGAGCGGCCAGGCCAUCGAGCCGGGUCGAGCAGGGACUGGCGACGGCUGCGUCACGCGAGGGGCGGGGCCGUUGCGGGCGGAGGCCGGAGCCGGAAGCGGAAGAGGCGCUCGGAGCGGGGAGUGGGGCCUAGCCGCAGCCGGAUCCUGGGAGACGAUGCAUCACUGUAAGCGAUACCGCUCCCCUGAGCCAGACCCCUACCUGAGCUACCGAUGGAAGAGGAGGAGGUCUUACAGUCGGGACCACGAAGGGAGACUGCGGUACCCGUCUCGAAGGGAGCCUCCGCCCCGGAGAUCUCGGUCCCGAAGCCACGACCGCCUGCCCUACCAGAGGAGGUACCGGGAGCGCCGUGACAGCGACACGUACCGGUGUGAAGAGCGGAGCCCGUCCUUCGGCGAGGACUGCUACGGGUCUUCACGUUCUCACCACCGCCGGCGGUCACGGGAGAGGGAGCCGUACCGGGCCCGCAAGCACGCCCACCACUGCCACAAACGCCGCACCAGGUCUUGUAGCAGCGCCUCCUCGAGAAGCCAACAGAGCAGUAAGCGCAGCAGCCGGAGUGUGGAAGAUGACAAGGAGGGCCACCUGGUGUGCCGGAUCGGCGAUUGGCUCCAAGAGCGAUAUGAGAUCGUGGGGAACCUGGGCGAAGGCACGUUCGGCAAGGUGGUGGAGUGCUUGGACCACGCCAGAGGGAAGUCUCAGGUUGCCCUGAAGAUCAUCCGCAACGUGGGCAAGUACCGGGAGGCCGCCCGGCUAGAAAUCAACGUUCUCAAAAAAAUCAAGGAGAAGGAUAAAGAGAACAAGUUCCUGUGUGUCUUGAUGUCUGACUGGUUCAACUUCCACGGUCACAUGUGCAUCGCCUUUGAGCUCCUGGGCAAGAACACCUUUGAGUUCCUGAAGGAGAAUAAUUUCCAGCCUUACCCCCUGCCGCACGUCCGGCACAUGGCCUACCAGCUCUGCCACGCCCUCCGAUUUCUACAUGAAAACCAGCUGACCCACACAGACUUGAAGCCAGAGAACAUCUUGUUUGUGAAUUCGGAGUUUGAAACCCUCUACAAUGAGCACAAGAGCUGUGAGGAGAAGUCGGUGAAGAACACCAGCAUCCGGGUAGCUGACUUCGGCAGUGCUACCUUUGACCACGAGCAUCACACGACCAUUGUGGCCACCCGUCACUAUCGCCCACCUGAGGUGAUCCUUGAGCUGGGCUGGGCACAGCCGUGCGACGUCUGGAGCAUUGGCUGCAUUCUCUUCGAGUACUACCGGGGCUUCACGCUCUUCCAGACCCAUGAAAACCGAGAACAUUUGGUGAUGAUGGAGAAGAUUCUAGGGCCCAUCCCAUCACACAUGAUCCACCGUACCAGGAAACAGAAAUAUUUCUACAAAGGGGGCCUGGUUUGGGAUGAGAACAGCUCUGAUGGCCGGUAUGUGAAGGAGAACUGCAAACCUCUGAAGAGUUACAUGCUCCAGGACUCCUUGGAGCAUGUGCAGCUGUUUGACCUGAUGAGGAGGAUGUUAGAAUUUGACCCUGCCCAGCGCAUCACACUGGCGGAGGCCCUGCUGCACCCCUUCUUUGCUGGCCUGACCCCUGAGGAGCGGUCCUUCCACACCAGCCGCAACCCAAGCAGAUGACAGGCGUAGGCCCCCCCGACGAGCUGGAGCGCGGGACUGGGCUGCCCGGCCUUCUCUCCAACCUCCACCACCAGGCCUCAGGGCCAGAGCCACCCAGCGAACAGUGCAAUGUGAAGGAAGGCCGGAGCCUGCAGGGGACGAGACUUGAUGCCCAGCUGCCAGAAAGCACAGAUUUGACCCAAGCUAUUUAUAUGUUGUAAAGUUAUAAUAAAGUGUUUCUUACUGUUUGUAACCCCUGGUACCGGUGUGUCCGUCUCCAGGCUCCUUGCCUUCCCCUCCCCCUACCUUAUUAAUAAAGUCUUUCUUAGCA